AUGCCCCUCCUCGUCUCUGUAAUCCUAUGUAGUGUCGCUCUGGCACUGCUUCAGUUGCUCCGAACCCGUUAUAACGCGUUGCGUCACAUACCCGGGCCUUUCUUGGCCAGUUUCAGCAAUGUUUGGAAAGUCGCCUCCGUCUAUCGGCAAAGGAUGCACAUUGACAACGUGGCGGCGCACGAACGCUACGGACCCGUCGUUCGUAUCGGCCCGCACCACGUCUCUGUGUCCAGUCCGGAGGCUUUUUCUAUCGUUCAUGCCUCCCGCACCGCUUUCCCCAAGACCGAAUUCUACGAAGUGGGCGCCCCUAGCUUCCGUGGCGGUCCACUCGAGAACCUCUUCUCGAUUCGAGACGUCCAGUACCAUGCCUCUUUGCGCAAGAACAUCGGCGGGCUCUACACUAAGUCCGCCGUGAAGGAAUUUGAGCUGCAGAUAAGGAGCUGCGUGGCGUUAUUCCUGCGGCGAAUGAAGGAGGAGCAGGGCAGAUCUCUGGAUAUGUCCUUGUGGUUGCAUCUCUAUGCAUACGACUGCUUGGCUGAUGUGAAUAUGUCAGAGAAGUUGGGGUUUCUGGAGCGAGGGAGCGAUGUGAAAGGGAUGAUUGAGGCUGCCAACCGGAUUUUCUACAUGGUUGGACUGCUUACCCAAGCCCCGAUCCUUCAUUUUGCGUUGCGGAUCAUGCGAUCUCUCGUGCCCGCGGAAAAGGCCGAGCCUCUGCUCUUGGUUACAUUUAAUAAGGUUGAGGAGCGUCGCAAGUCACCAGAAAAAAAGACCGAUAUGCUUAGCAAAUUGCUCUCCUUGCAUGAAAGGCAGCCCGAGAAACUGUCCGUGCGGGAAAUCACCGCUGCUAUCUUCAUCAAUCUAAUGGCCGGCCACGACGUCCUGGCCAUCACCCUGCGCGCAAUUUGGUACUACCUAGCGCGGAACCCUCGCGUUAUCAAGCUCCUGCGUGCAGAGAUCACCGCUGCACGCAAGGAAGAGGGACUCUCCGACGAUGAUGAUACCCAACUGUGUUAUGCGAAGGCGUCAACAUUACCUUAUCUAGACGCCGUCAUCCACGAGACCUUCCGCGUUCAUCCUAAUACGGGCACGAUUCUUGAGCGUAAAGUCCCUAGCCCGGGAGCUACUAUCGAUGGAUACCACCUCCCCCCGAAUACUACACUCCCGUGGAACGUCGGGCAUGAAAUUAACGAGAUCACGGUUCAGUUCGGCGCCGGUGCCCACACCUGCAUCGGCCAGCAUAUCGCGAUGAUCCAAAUUGUGAAGGUCAUUACCGAGUUCUUCUAUCGGUUUGAUGUCAAGCUGACACAACCGGACCGGCCGUGGAAGGUAAUGGGCAGUUGGGUGACGAAGCAGACGGAAAUGGAGAUGACGGUGGCAGCUCUGUAG